UUCAAACUGCGCAGGAAAAAGGAGACAGACGCGCAGAACUGGAGGAAAAAAAAAACGACAAUGGCUGCGAUUGUAGAAGUCGAACAACAAGAACAACAAGAAGAAGCAGCACAAAUAGCCAUAACCGAGAUUCAAAACGAGCAGGAACCGGAAAACAACACCAAUGGCGUUAAAACAACUACUGAGAGUGAGGAAACCCCCAAGGAGCAGUCGACACUGAAAGAGAAAUCAAAUCUGAACAAGAAAAGCAGAUUUCAACCUUAUUCCAAAGACAGGAAUGCAGGCUCUGGAGAGAAGAAGGGGACUCAUCGAAACAGAGUGUUUAUUAGCAAUAUCCCGUACGACAUGAAAUGGCAAGCCAUUAAAGAUCUUAUGAGAGAGAAAGUUGGUGAGGUUACAUACGUGGAGCUCUUUAAGGAUGCUGAAGGAAAGUCAAGGGGUUGUGGUGUUGUAGAGUUCAAAGAUGAAGAGUUUGUAAAGAAGGCAAUAGAUGUUAUGAACAAAUAUGAUCUCAGUGGAAGACCACUCAACAUCAAAGAGGAUCCUGAUGGCGAACAUGCUCGUAGGAUGCUACAGCGUACUGGAUUGUUCCCAGGUGGACGUGGGCAAGAUGGGGGACCUGGUGUAAUGAACCUGCCACCUUCUAUUGCUAAUAAUCCAAAUAUUCCCCCUGAAAUCAUCAGUGGAUUACAAGAUGGAAGGCUUGGAACAACAGUGUUUGUUGCCAAUCUUGAUUUCAAAGUUGGAUGGAAAAAGCUUAAGGAGGUGUUUGGCAUGGCUGGAACAGUUAAAAGAGCAGAUGUCAAAGAAGACAAGGAGGGCAAAAGUCGCGGAAUGGGAACUGUUACUUUUGAUCAAGCCCUAGAAGCAGUGCAGGCCAUCUCAAUGUUAAAUGGACAGUUUUUGUUUGAUAGGCCUAUGCAUGUAAAGAUGGAUGACAAGUCUAUUCCUCAUGAUGACUUCCGUCCAAUAGAAAAAACACCUCAGUUGCCUCGUGGGCUCAGUGGUAUUGGAUUGGGUCUUGGACCUGGAGGUCAACCAAUUAAUGCAAACAGGUUGAGUGGAGGAAGUGGAGGAGGAGGAGGAAUGGGAAACAUGGGCCCUGGGGCUAUGAGUGGAAUGGAUAGACCUGGUUUUGGUGGUAUGAGCAGGAUGGGAACAGGAGUUAGUGGUAGUGGUGGAUAUGGCGGUGGGAUGGAUGGGAUAAGCAACAUGGGAGGCUAUGGAGGCAGGGACUUGGCACCUAUUGGAAGGAUGGGGGGAAUGGAUGAUUAUAGAGGAAACCUGGGCACUGGUAUGGGUGGAGUGGGCAGUGGCAUGGGGGGAAUGAGUGGCAGAAUGGGCAGUGGCAUGGGAGAUAUGCAUCGUUCGGGAAUAAGUGGCAUGGAUAGAGAUUUCAGCAGAAGUGAUUUGCCUAUGAACCGAGGGUACGGAGAGUCUUUUGGAGCAAUGGGAGGAGGAAUGGGAGGAUUUGGAGGUGGAAUGGGUAGUGCUGGCAUGAGUCUAAUGGCACAUGGAUUAGGUAGUGGAAUGAACAGCAUGGGAGUUGGAAUGGGUAUGGACCGCAUGAGCUCCAGUUAUGAUCGAAUGGGUGGUGGUGGUGGUGGUAUGGAUAUGAAUCGUGGCUUCAGUGGUUUUGGAUCUGGCCCUAUGGGGGGAGGAAAGUCAGACAGAGGAUCUGGUAGCAAGGGUUGCCAGAUUUUUGUCAGAAAUCUUCCAUUUGAUCUUACCUGGCAGAAGUUGAAAGAAAACUUCAUCCAUUGUGGUCAAGUUAUGUUUGCAGAAAUUAAAAUGGAGAAUGGAAGAUCUAAAGGUUGUGGUACGGUUCGUUUUGAUUCACCAGAAAGUGCAGAAAAUGCUUGUAGAAUUAUGAAUGGCACAAGGAUCAAUGGAAGAGAGGUAGAUGUUCGGAUGGAUCGUAACGCAUAACCAUUUAGAAAUGCUGUUUUUUUUUUUUUUUCCCCCUUAAUUCCUUUCCUGCAAGUCUGUUCUCUGUUGUACCAUCAUAAGUCUGCCAGUACUCACCAGCCUUUAAAACUGGAUGUAUGUAUAGGGCUGUCUGAUUUGUCAAAACCUUUACAUUUGUUUGUAUUAUGGCAGUUUUGUUUAAUUGAAUGAAUAAAUAGUGGGUUUUAAUUUUUUUUU